UUUGCUUCUUCCUCUAAGAACACCACAAACUCAUGCAAGAAAUAAUAUGAAUUGACAUUUGCUUAGACAAUUGGUAUGAGUAUAUUGAAUUUGAUAAAGCAAUGCAAAUCAAUAAAAAAACUACACCAGAUUCAUGCUCAUACAAUCACCACAGGUCUCUUACCACAUCACACACUCUCCAUAUUAAACAGCAUUCUCUCCACUUUGACUUCCUUAUUACUCCCAAACAACAACAUUAGCACUUGUUCCAAUUCAUCUCUAACAACCUAUGCACUCACUCUUUUCAAUUCAAUUCCAAACCCAACAACUUUCACUUACAACACUCUCAUCAGAAUCCACACUCUCCUCUCUUCCCCUCUCACUGCCUUUCAUCUCUUUCUCUCUCUUCGCCGUCUCUCUCUCCCCCUUGACUUCCACACCUUCCCUUAUAUCCUCAAAGCUUGUUCACAACUCCAUUCCUUCUCUCUUGCUCAGUCUAUUCACUCCCAAGCUUACAAAUUCGGUUUCCUUGUCGAUUCCUUCGUACUCAAUUCCCUCAUUCGAGUUUACUCUGUUCACGACCGUGUAAAUGAUGCCCACAAGCUCUUUUGUCAAUGUUCUUAUAGAGAUGUUGUUUCCUACAAUGUUAUGGUUGAUGGGUUUGUUAAAAGUUUCCAGCUUGAUCGUGCACGUAAACUGUUCGAUGAAAUGCCUCAAAGGAAUGAAAUUUCUUGGGGCACCAUGAUAGCGGGUUAUAGCCAUGCGAAAUUGUGCGCUGAAGCUAUUCAACUUUUUAAUGAGAUGAUUAGCUUGAAGUUUGUGCCGGAUAAUAUAGCAUUGGUGUCAGUUCUAUCUGCUUGUGCUCAAUUGGGGGAAUUUGAACAGGGUAGGAUUGUUCAUGAUUACAUUAUAAGGAAUGGGAUUAUAGUUGAUUCAUAUCUGGCAACUGGGUUAGUGGACUUCUAUGCAAAAUGUGGAUAUGUUGAGAUUGCUAUGGAUAUAUUUGAGUCAUGCAGAUAUAAAGAUGUGUUUACUUGGAAUGCCAUGCUUGUUGGUCUUGCUAUUCAUGGGCAAGGUUUAAUUUUGUUGGACUACUUUUCUAGAAUGGUUGGUGAAGGGAUUCAACCUGAUGGAAUUAGCUUCUUGGGUGUGUUGAUUGGGUGUAGCCAUGCUGGUUUGGUUGGUGAAGCUCGAAAGAUUUUCAAUGAGAUGGAAAGUGUGUAUAGUGUUGCUAGAGAGCCUAAGCAUUAUGGGUGCAUGGCUGAUAUGCUGGCUAGGGCUGGGUUGAUUGAAGAAUCAGUGGAGAUGAUAAAAGGGAUGCCAAGUGGGGGUGAUGUGUUUGCAUGGGGUGGGUUGUUAGGUGGAUGUAGGAUACAUGGGAAUGUUGAGAUUGCAAAACAAGCAGCUCAACAAGUAAUGGAGAUAAAGCCUGAAGAUGGUGGGGUUUAUUCUGUCAUGGCUAAUAUUUAUGCUAAUACAGAGCAAUGGGAUGAUUUGGUUAAGAUUAGGAGAUCGUUGGGAGCUAACAGGAGAGCUAAGAAAAUUACUGGCUCUAGUUUGAUUAGACUCAAUGGGCAUUAACAAGAUGCCAAGAUGAUCAUUUCCUUCAGCACUUUUGGUGAUUAUUUAGAUUUAUUUAUGAUUUAAUAUUAAAAACUAGUAAAGUGAUUGAAAUUUAAGAAUUACCCAUUAUAUUUAUUUAUUGUACUGGUGUUCAUAGCUCCCUUAUGGCACAAACACUAUAUGCAUUUUUGGAUUAACAAUGAGUUAAUCCUGAACCAUAAAAAUGGAUUGAUAAUGAAUUUGACAUAUGGAUUGAUAAUGAAUUUGACAUAUGGAUUGAUAAUGAAUUUGACAUUAUGUUAUUGUCAUUUUUCGUAAAA